AAAAAGCCGUACUGGACAUCGCGAGGUUGCCAUUGAGGUCUCGCGAUAGUUCGUUUCUCGAGCACACAGUACUUCCAUCAUGGCAGGCAGUAAGUUGGUGCUGGAAGGUAGAGUAAGUGUAAAAGCAUUUGUUUUAGGACUCAGCGUGAUUGUAAUUCCAUUAAUCAGAACGUGGUUUGGACAUCUCGACUGGGUCUUUGAUUAUCUGACGGAAACUCCCGGGAAAAUAGUGAUUUGUAUCCACAUUGCAGUUAUCAACGGCCUCUUGCUAAUCAUAUACAGAGGACCUCUAUACAAGGUUGCUGUGAGAGCCUGCUUUCUGGGAGUUACUUUUGGCUGUGGCUUAAUUAUAAGCUGCUCUGAAACCACUUGGACACAUUUCGGCUGGUACAUGUGCUCGCUGUCAUUCUUCCAUUACUCUGAGUACCUGGUGACGGCCAUCAUCAACCCUCGCAGCCUGUCACUAGACUCAUUCCUGCUCAACCACAGUGUGGAGUACACCCUGGCUGCGGUCUCAUCAUGGGUGGAGUUCACUGUGGAGAAACUGACCGUUCCAGAGCUGAAGCAGCUGAACUGGGUGAGCGUCGUGGGUCUGCUAAUGGUGUUGUGUGGUGAGGGCCUGCGGAAGGCAGCCAUGUUGACAGCUGGCUCUAACUUCAACCACAUUGUCCAGAAUGAGAAGGCCCAGAGCCAUGUGCUGGUCACUACCGGGGUCUACUCCUACUUCAGACACCCGUCUUAUGUGGGCUGGUUCUACUGGAGCACAGGAACACAGGUCAUGCUGUGUAACCCUGUGUGUAUACUGGGCUAUACGAUAGCCAGCUGGCGGUUCUUCCGGGAGCGAAUCGAGGAGGAGGAGCUCUCCCUCAUCCAUUUCUUUGCCGAGGACUAUGUGGAGUACAAGAAGAAGGUUCCCACUGGGCUGCCCUUCAUCUCAGGCAUCCGUGUCAACUAGUCCCUGGACCUGGAUGCUGGACUCAGCAGACUUUAAGCACUAAGGCUCGUCAGACCUGGUGGGUGUGUGGCAUCUGCCAUUGUGGCUGCCCUCCAGAGGGAAACCCUGCAGCUGGCUGAGAGCCUGUAGCUCACAGACAGAGACUGUGACAACUGGGAUGGCGGCACGCAGCUGGGCUGCUGUUUUUCUACCAACUUCCAAAUCCAGUUAAAGACCGGACAACCUCCACUGUACCACAUGUAUUCCAAUAACACCCACCCCAUCUGUUUAUGUUUGCAUGCUUAGACCAUGCUAAGAGUUUUCACUGAUGACCUGCUGUUUAAAGAUACUGCACUGGGCUCUUUGAUGUCAUAUAUCAGCAGAGAGUUAAAUGACAAUUCUCUGAAGUUUAAUGCAGUGUUUGGAGGGAAUCCAUCAUGUUUAUUUUUUUUUCUUUAAUGAUAUGAUAUGAAUAUUUUUAAGAAGUUGCCACCACUGUCCCUAGUUCAGUAAAAAAAAUCCACUGUUCCUAAAUGUUCCUACUUUUGAGAAAUGCUUAAAGGUAAAGUGUGUAAGAAUAGGGGGAUUUGGUGGUGUCUAGCAGUGAAUUACAGAUUGCAACCAGGUAAAACUUCUGGCUAGAAUUCCUUCAGUGUUCAUUGUUCAGAAGGUUUUUAUAGAGAGCCAAAUUAUCCACAACGAUCCAUUCAUCACCACAACAAACAGACCAGGUGAUUAAACUGGUAAAAACACUGAGUAAGGUGCCAUACACAUGCCAUGUUUUUGCGCCCUCAAAUUCAUUGUUUUUAAUGUAGACCCACAGCGGGCGCGCUCAAAUGCCAGAGUGACACCAUUGCAGCGCACACCCUUUCCGUAACGCCUGUUUUUCAGGGUGCAACAAUUGCGCCCUGAGAUAAACAGAGUUCACCUUUUGGAUCACAGCUGACAGACACUUCUCUCUUCAUCCGAGAAUUAGUCUGUAAAAAAUAUGGAGAAGUUGAUCAUUUUAGUGCAGGGCUGCCAGAGCUUUACAUCUGUCCCACAGACAGUAGGCCUGGACACAAACCACACCUGGAAUAAGAUCAGCUCUGCACUCUCAAUUUCAGGUAAAUAGUUAUGAUACGGUGCUUGUUAAGGUUGCCUAGCAACCUUAGAUGCAGCCUGCUGCCACAUUCUUGAAAGCUGGCACAAGACACAAAACAAGAGCAGCAACUAAUGCCCAACCUCUUGUUUUCCAGCCGAUUAAAGACAUGGCCUGUGUAUGGCCCCUAAAGCAGUUUCAUGUUACCAACCAGUGUAACUCUAGCGCUGCUCAUGCAGUUGGGCUUCUUACUAUGGCAGCUGACGCGAAAACUCAGACGGCCCUAUGUGGAGUCGGUGUUGGGUUUGUCUUAUCUUGGCUACUGUAGAAACAUGGUGGUGCAAAAUAGCGAUCUCCAUAAAUGAAGACCUGAUCCAUAUGUAGACAUAAAUGGCUCAUACCGAGAUAAGGAGAACACAGCAAUUCUUAUCUUCAGGUGAUUAUACAUUAAAAUAAACAUACUUAUUAUGUUAUGUUCUAUUUCUGUCAAUAUAUCCCCCUAAAUCCUACACACUGGACCUUUAAAGCAAUUCUCCCCUGGAAAUAGUAUCAUUUAGAUAUCAAUCAGUCAUCCCCUUAAGUAGAGCUCUUCACAGAUCCACUCUGUGUCUAGUAUCAAAGAGUCAUCUCUGGACAUGAGGCUGUGUCAAAAUAAUUUUGACCCUAUCGGAAUAGGGUCCUGUUGUAUCGCUGCAGGUCUCCGAUCUGCAUGUAUCAUUAUGAGGCCAAUGGAGAGUGUGAAAUGCGCAGGAUAAACGACGUGUUUGCAUUGUUAGGGCCAAUUCUCUAUUUUUGUUUUGUUAUUGUAAUGUGUUAAAACACGUCAUGUUAGAGUGUGUCUUCCACAGGUCUGUUUCUGAUUGGAUUUGUUUGAGAGUGCAGACCUCUUCCCUCUUUAAAGGCAACUCUGAAAGGUUUGUGUCUUGCCCCUUUAUGGAAGGUGGCUGCUUUAGGCAACUCACAUUCACAGUAGUUACAGUACAAAAAUGAGCCAAACGUAUAGACCACUGCAAAUAGUUUCUCCACACCAGAGCUACAUGCACUACUUCGUCAUGCCAUGGCCUCCACAUCGCUCCGGAGCUCUGCCACAACUUGUGUGUUUAAGGUGAGAGUUAAUUUAAGCAGCAGUUGAACAUACACAUAUUUUCGGUCAUGUCCCUUAUGAUAAUGUAUUUUUUAAGGUGGAAAAUCCUUCAACAGAAUAGACCAUGUGCCGCUCAAGCUGUCCACUAAAACUAAGAAUAUUGGUAGCUCUUUAAACACCACAUGGGUAAACCAGUACAGUGGAGCAAGAAGUGACAUUACAUUUUUUUAAUUUAAGAAUUUAUACUCGGAAGCUUUAUGUAACAAUAUUAGAAGUAAUAAAUGUGUAAUAGGUUUCUAGCAGGUUUUAGGGACUGCUUAAAUGCAGUUUCUGUGGAAGCUCCAUAUUUACAGAUCACUAAAUAUAUAUAGCCAGUAGUGGCCUGAUUUAUGUCUAACCCUGAUAUCCACUUCCUCAAUGUGCACUCUAAAACACAAAUCACGGCAUCAGUUUGAAUGAAACUGUCAGGCAGAUUUUUAAAAAAAUUUUAUGAAGCUGCAUAAAAUGAUAAUUCCUUGUUUGUUUCUCUGUCAUUUAACUGUGACAUGUUUCUGUAGACAGGAGCAUGUGGCAUGAUAGAUUGUGAUUCUACAAGUUGUGUUUCAUCAAAGAAAAUAAGAACUGGGUUUACCUCCUGAGCAUUGUCAGUACAGGAAUGGAAGUCUUGACAUCAAUCUCUGUUGUAGCCUCUCAUUUAAUUUUUAAUAUAUAAAUCUUGUUUUUGCUUUGCUUUGUGAUAAGUCACCAUCCUGAGGAGUACUAUUUACUCUCAUUUCUAUCAUCAGUUCAUUGUUGUGCUUCUCCUUUUAAACCUUUAAUGGUCAUGAUGUGUUAUAAAAGAAAAAGACAUAUAUUGGCAAAAGGGUUGAGGUAGGCUCACUCUGCAGCUCUCUUUCUCUCACUGAUCCAUCUGAAUGUCUUCACAGUGCUGCUAUCCACUCAGAACCCUGAUCUAAUUGUGUGUUUGAGAGGCUGGUAAAAUAGUCUGAAGAUUUUCAGGAGCAAAGAUGCUCUGUAGGUAAAUUUAAAAAAAAAAAAAUUAAAGGUACCCUGUGGUAUUUCUGAGCACUAGUGGCACUGUAGUGCCAUGUUUGAAUGAGUAUGAGAAUGUAUGUAUGUGUGGGUGUGUGGGUGUCAACAAUGAAAACUUCACUAGGCAACAUUUAAGAAAAUUAAUCAUCUUAUUCCGAAUGUUUAGGAAUAACACCAUGUUUUUGGAAGAUUGUCCCAUUGCUUAACCAAUGUACAAAAAAAGAAAAACAACAUCAAAAGGAUUAUUUUCCAGGGUAGAAAAGAAAUGUAUAAUCAGAGGUUUAUGAUAUCACAUAGGGACUAACUAAGAUGCUAUGUUGUGUUAGUUACAGAGUCAAGCAGGAGCUAUGGAGGGGAAAAGAACAAAUUUGUGUAAGCUACUAUUUUGUGCUCUCAAACAAGUGAUGCACACUUUGUACUUUAAAUAAUUGAUUAUUUGCGUGUACAAAUUAAUUGAAUGAAUCCAUAAACAGUAGUUGGCGUUUAAACAUGUAUCUAAGGAACGUCAAAGACAUUUCUUUGGAAAAAUGUGGGACUGUGGGAAUCUCGUUCUCAUUCAUGUAUAUCCCUAAUUAGACGAGUUAUAGUUGCUAACGUCUUCACCCAGUCCAUCACAGAUACCUUAAGCCCCAUUUCACCCAAGCAGUAUGGUAUGGUAUGGUUCAGUUCAGUUCGAUACAUGAUUUUUUUCUGUUUCUACUGUGAAACGUUGUGGAUGGAACCAAUUGAACCGUCUGUCAGUCUGUUGAUUGGUCAAUAGCAUACAGUUACUCUGCUCAGGGCUAAGUUGUGGCUGGUUUUGAGGCUUAUGUACCUUCCCUAGCCUUCCCAUCCAGAUGUUCCUCCUAGGAGGCCUUCACCAUCGCCACAACAGGAGUCAGAGCGAGCUAGACCUCCAUGUUAAAUGUCAGCAUUAUGGUUUAAUGCUAUGUUCUGUUGAUUCACACAUAAUUAUUAAUUCAGCAAAUUAUUAACAUGCGGGAUUUGUUAUUUAGAUUAGUUGAACAGUAUAUGUGGGAUUAAGUCAAAUAAACUACAGUUGGUGUGUCCAUGGCAACAAAGGAACAUGCCACACAACAGUGUGGCUCACUGAUGUGUUUUUAGACAACACUGAGUACGGUUACAUGGACAUGAAUAACCCAUUCAUGAUGAGUUUUUGAGUAUCCUGUUUAUCUGUUUAAUGUAAACACUAUAUUGUGUGAAUGGGAAACCUGAAUAUGCUAGCUGGAGUACUCUGAAAAAAUCCAGGAUGGGGUAAUAUGAAUAACCCAAUUUCUCUGUGUUCAUGUAAACAACAUAUCCUGAAAAUGAUCCAAUAUAAGUCUCGUAAACUGGUUAUUCAUGUCCAUGUUACCACACUCAAUGAACCUCUGUUGCACAGAGGAAGAAGAUAUAUCAGGCUUUGAAUACAUGUACAAUACUUGUUAAAAAGAUACAUUCAUUAUUAGUCCAACUCUGCACAUGAGAUUUGUGACAAUAGAGAAUUAGAAUAUAUACACAUAUAUAGACCUAUCCUCUUAAAGACAGAUUCAGAGCAUAUUUAUUUCAGGUUACUGCCCAUAAAUAUAGUGUGAACUAUAAGCACCUCAACAUAACUUAGUCAUUGACCCUACAACUGUAUGUUAAAGUUUUAGCGUGGCACUGACCUAAUGUUACCUAGCAUAAUGCAUGCUAACAUUUUAGCUUGUUACCUUCAAUAGACAUUUUUUUGUUUUUUUUGUUUUACGAUGUUGGCUUUGUACUACUAACUUACCACUUCCACUUUUUUAUGCUACAGUUUUAGCAUGAUAACUAUCACUACACAGUCUAUGCUAAAGUAAGGAGCAGGCUAAUGGCUACUGAUCCCACUCAGGACUACUGCAAAACUUCACUUAAAAGCCUAGUCCUAAUUAAACACCCAGUCCCUUAUACUGGUCUGGUGUGGCUACACAUUUUGACAAAGACCUGUCUCAAUUAGAAGCUUGGUCUGGUUGACGAGCAGUUCAUUUUUAUAAAAUAAAUGUUUACACUUUGUCAAUAUGGAGAUGCUACAUAUUGUUAGCUUGAUUAGAUUUUCCGCGAUUCAAUUGUUCAGUUCAUUUUACUUAAACUACAGUAUUUCAUACAGUAUACAGUGAUUCAUUGAGAUUUACCAGCCAAGUAAACAAGAGAGAUGAAAAAAAAGUGGCAACUCACUACCUCUGAAGCAGUCAUAUAGUCAGAAUAUGUGUGCAUUCCUUGAUUACCCUCUAAGUUAUUCAUACUUCUUAAUAUUCCAUCAAAAGAAUCAAAUAUUAAUCCAAGUUUUGAGUAUUGUUUUAACAGGAUAAAGUGUUGUGUCGAUAGGCCAUGUAGCUACUUUCAUCCUCAGGUGCAGUAAAACGAGUGUCGUAACUCUGUCUAUCUGAUGCGCUGUCUCUCGGAGCUAGACCAAAUGAAUGAUUCAUAAUUGAUAUGUUUGAAGAAACAAUUUCAUUGUAUUUCCCAUCUUUGCUGAGCAACAGUUUUAUGUAAAAGGAAUUAGAGGCCUGUCCCAUAUAGACGCCUGUCCCGAAUAUAGGCCUGUUGAGUUCAGUGAUUUAAGUCAUUAAUAACCUGGGCUAUUGAUUGAAGUUUUACAGUGUCUUUGAACACAAGAAAUAUUCACCCAGUUUAUUAAAAUAGCUGACCAAUGGCACAAUCUACUGAAUACUGGAUUUCUGUAAUUCAGGUAAAGAAUGCACGUGCGUUUUGGGGUGAGUGUUAACAGUCUCAGUUUCAAGUGACACUUGUAGCAUAUCUGUGAAGGGCACUCUGUUGAGUGAAUAAUGAAACUGCUGUGUGCAAGGUGUUAGGAUAAUGAGUCGACUGUUGCAACAUGGUACACCUGAGUUAAGUGUUGAAUAUGUUGCACUUUUAUUGUAUAGGCUAGGUGAUCAUUUAUCAUAUAGGCCUGAUUAAACAGUUUAAAAAUUCUGAAAACUGUUACUGUUAUGUCUAUAUCAUUCCCAUUAUGCAGAUAUGAUUUAUUAACUGGAUAACCUGGUGCUUAGGUCUACAUGUACAACAAGAUAAAUAAAGUGGACAUAUCUGUGUUUGGGGUGGCACGGUGGUGUAGUGGUCAGCACCGUCACCUCACAGCAAGAUGGUUAGGGGUUUGACUUGGUUGGUGACUCUAAAUUGGUGUGAAACUGAGCGUGACUGGUUGUCUCUGAGUGUUGGCCCUGUGAUAGUCCUGUGACCUGUUUAGGGUGUUUCCCCCCUCUUGGCCAAUGUCAGCUGGGAUAGGCUUCAGCCUCCCAGCGACCCUUCACCAGGAUAAGCGGUUAUGGAUAACGAAUAAAUAAAUAUUGUAUUGGGCCUGCUCUCCUCCUCCCCCUCGGCGAGUAAAAAACUGACAUUCCCCACCUUCUUUGGAACCAAAGAACUGACCAUUCCCCCCUCCCCAGCAUUAGAUUAACUCUGAUUUUAAUAU